AUGGUGCUGACAAUGGCGGGGAAACGAGUGUUGACACGGAGCGCCUCCGACGCGUCUUCCCGCUUGGAAACACAGACGUCCGUGCCGGCUCCGUUACUUGCCAUGAGGAAGGCCUCAGCGGGGCCAGUACCUGCCUCACGGCGGGAUUCCCUGACUCCUUUUAGAAGGAAGUCUUCGGAUGUGGCGAAUCUUAUAGCAUCCAGUGUGGGGGUGGUGGUGGAUGGCACAGUGCAGAGAAGGUCCACACGAAGAAGUUCUAUCGCCAUGAGGAAAUCCGCCUCCCUAAGACGCAAGACCUCCUUACCCGAACAGGCCAUGCUUCUUCCUUUUAACCGAUGGAAAAAGGACGGCUUGGACCUGGUGGAUAGCCUGAACAUGACGAAAGCAGAGAAGAGACGACUGGAGAAACUCAACAAGAUCAGCAUUCAUCUUCAUGCGUUGUUUGCAGCCGUGGAACAUUCCCAGGUGGAGAAGGCCAGGACAAUUCUGUCAACGACUGACGUCGAUGUCAAUAGUCCGAAUAGCGACGGGGUGUUGGCACUGGACAUAGCUGUGCUAACCAACAAUCUUCCUCUCGUCAAGAUACUCCAAAACGCUGGUGCCAUGGAGAAUCCUGCCUUUACGAAUGGGGAGAAAUGCCGGGAAGCACUGGAGCGACUGUUAUCCGAGGCAGGGAGAAGAGUAGAGGAUUUGACGACGGUUGUCCUUACUCAAGGCUCCCCGUCCUCCCCUUUACAACGUCAACUCAUCUUAUGGAGGAGGAGGCAAAGGCUCCUCAACGCUAUGAAGCUGGGCUUCGAUCGCCUCCGUCCACCCGAGGCCUUGCCUUCGGUGAAGAUCGAAGUGACGUCUUCCGAUUCGGUAGCUCUCCGUUUCGCAGAACCCGAGAAUCAAAACCUCGCCGUUUGCACGAAAGUGAAAGCUCAAUGGAGUUGCACGGGUGACUUCAGUCUCCUGAACGGAGAGAAGGAGGUGGUCGACAUGAGGAAUCAUGUGGUGCAUAUCACGGGUCUCAGUCCUGGGACGAGGUACUUCUUCCGAGCUGCUGGCGGAAACGUCAAAGGCUACGGCCACUUCUCCCACUCUAUCCCCGAAUCUGCCGUCCCUUCAGUGUGGAGGGACGUGGAUGGGCGAAAGCCGCGUUUUGAGGGGCGACAAGCCGUGUUCGAGGAACUGUUUCAGCAACUGAGAAACUCUCGAAGCAUGUAUGCGUCGUCAGAGAUCAAGGCCGAUGCACCCACGAGUGAGAGCCAGAGCACCAAGGCCAGGAACCCGAAGAAGAGCACCUUCAAACAACUCUUUACUGCCGCACCCAAGUUCCAAAAGGAGAAAUUCCUCAAAGGGGGUCUGUACCUGGGCUGCGUGUUUUACAACGAGGAUCGGAUCCUAGUAACGAACGAGGAGCAGGUGCCAGUGAUCGAGGUGGAGGAGAGUUACCCAACCACUAACCUUCCAGCCGAGUUUGGAUGGCUGACGAAAGUGGGAUGCACUUGGGAAGACGUGAAGUCUCUCAGGCAAGAUCUCACCCGUGCCUCCAACUCCUCUUCCUCCUCCCUCGACUUUCGUGCCAAACUGCUAAACGCCAUCGCCCACAUCCAGUCGGCGCUAGGGAGGCAGGACCUCGGACAAUUUUUCUACCGGCACCUCAAGGAUUCGAACGGCACAGUGAUCCUGAGCCUGGUGAAUGAGAUCCAGAACCCAAAAGCCAUCCAGAGCCUGAGUCUCAAGUGGAUCCCCUUGUCUAAAUUGGAAAGGAAAAGCAUUCCGGCAAAGAAUAACAUGGGCGGAAUCGGGCUGGAAAGGGAAGAUUCUUCUGAUGGGUGGGAUCCUGCUUCUGUCGCGGAACUUCUCCUCAGUUCCCUUCAGGAGCAGAUCCAGUUUCACGCUCGGAGUCAAGAAGUCCUUGGACCGGGUCUUUAUCUGGGAUAUGUGAAGGCCCAAAGCUCUAUGGAUUCCCUCUCCAUCCUUGUACCCGAGAAGGUCCCCAACACUCUCCCCUUCUGGAAGAUCCGUGACAAUCCCCACGUAUCCAGUGAGGAAUGGGAGAGCAUUUCACACAUGGACAAAGGGUUGGAGGACCUAGAGGAGGAAACGGCAAGGGAGGAACAUGGAUCUAGUCGCAGCUAUAGUCACAGUCACAGUCACAGUCAUAGUCCCAGCCCCAGUACCAGUCCCAAACAUCGGGAUUCAUCCUUCCCAAAGCAGAUCUGUUUUGCUGCCAGGAAGUUAUUCCACUACUUGGACAUUAGAGAUGAGGAAGCCAUCUUGCACAGGAUCUAUGCAAAAGAGGUGGUGGAGGUGAGCUCAGGGGUGUCUUUCAUCCUGGUUUUACCACCGAGCGAGAGCGUAUGCCUGGCACCAGGUCAAAGCAGUUCCAUGACCUUUCAUCCUGACCUCAUCCCCAUCCCUGUCCCGGUAUUCGAGAUGCUUCAUCUCCGCACUUAUCAAAAGGAUCUCAUCUGCCGAUAUGCCCGACUCUCGUCCAUCCUCGAACUCGACAGCUUGCUUGCUCAUUUGGCCAACCGAGAGGCAUUUUCAUCAGAAGAGGUGUCCCUGGCGAAGUUGCGACUGAGUAGCCUUCAGGAGAUUCAGUCUCGAGUUGAGAACACGUGGAAAGGCGCCCGAUGGCUCAUGGAUGCCCUUUCUUACGCUCGGGAAAAGACCUCCCAGGGGAGCAUCCAGGUGUCCCAACUCUUAAGCACCCUGGGCACCAUCCCCAAUUCUCUGGCAUCCUCGACUUCCUCGUUGAAUGCCAUUAGGAGCCCAGACAUCCUUGCCAGACAGGUGGUCGGAGAAGUCCGUCAAAAGCUCACCAAGUGCAGCACGGAUGUCAGACUGAGCAUACAUAGAAAAAUCGGUCUCGCCAUGGGAGAGGGUUAUCAGGGUUACCAUGAUUACCAAGAUCACUCUCAAGCUCCUCACAGGGCUAGCACUUCUGGUUGUCUCCUUCGGGUCACCAAACCUGACAGUUCUUCCGAUUCCCUCACCUCUUCCUCGGAGAGCGUAUUCAACCGGAAUAAUCCCGAUCUUCUGUCAGCUCAUUACCCAGACUGGAGACACAGUGCCGGUGCCGAGACCAUUGCCGGUCCAGAAGGGAAAUUGAAUCAAUCACGAAGCGAGAACAGCCUGUCAGUUCACGAUGACUCGGAAGAGGCAAGCGAGAUGAGAAAGGCAGCUCUAAGAAAAUGCAGCGCUCCAGACUGCAGCGGUCCGGGUCGAGAAAGUAUGCUCCACGUACCGAGCAGCGUGGAAGGAAAAAGGAAGAAGCAUUCGUUGGACUAUUCCGUGCAGAGGGUCAGUGAAAACUCGUCGUCGGCAGGUAGUAGCCGAACGGGGAGUCUCCAUUCCCUCGAGGAUGGUAGGGAUGGAGUAGAAGAUCGGGAAGAGAGCGGUGGUCCGAGCGUCAUCCAGGUUUAUGCCGCUUACAAGACCGGCCUGGCGAGUGGAACAUCCGUGAAACUCCAUGUCACUCCACGCACCACGGCCAGGGAGGUGGUAGACCUGGUCGUUCAACAGUUGAACAUGGCUGUGAUCAUGAAGGGGAAGGGCGGUCCAGUCUACAGCGGCGAGCAGUUGAGGGAAUUCUGCCUGGCUGCAGUAAUCGGGGCUCGAGAACGAUGUCUCCGCGACGACUUCCGACCCUUGGACCUUCAAAAUCCGUGGCGGAAGGGACGGCUUUUCGUCCGUCGAAAAGGGGACCUUCUUGCCGCACUUCAUCAAGGCCAAAAUCAACUAUCUUCCUAUCUGUGAUCUUUUUCGUCCUGCAUCCGUGGCUCGUUUCAAAUGGACAUUUCUCACACCUCAAGUUAUUUUUUCCUCCCCUAGUUUUACAGUUUACCGAUGGAACGCGAGAGAAUUCAUCUUUACGGAGUUUUUGUUGCAAGGACAGAGACUGCUUGAAGGGAGGCAUAUUUCUUGUAUUUCGUGCGAGAAGUAUAUUGUAUUAGGCCUAGCCUAACCGUGAUUCUUGUCCCAAGUCAGAGACGUAAUAAACCUCAUGCGAAAUUUU